AUGCUCGAGAAUUUUUUAGAAAGAUCAGCAAAUGGAGAUGGUGCCAUGAGUGCUAAGAAAAAUUUUACUAAGUACCACAAUGUUGAAUCAGAGUUGGGAAUUGAUGAUAUUGAUAGGAUGCUGGCCAACAAUGAGAUUCACCUUGAUCCAUUAGUGCCAGAAGCUAGCCAAGUUCCAGGAGUAGCGGUGCCACCAAUUAAUGUUGAAGUAAAAGCGCGGCCCGGGAAAGAGUCUACUAAAGGAACCAAAAGAAAGAGAUCUAUGUCCAGUACCAUUGCUGAAGAGAUUAUGCAGAUAACAUCUUCGAUGAAAGAAAUUGCCAGUGCCAUAAAAAAUAGCAAUCAACGGAUAUAUGCUGCUACUGAGCUUUCAGCCGAGUUAAAAAAAUUGGGGUUAGACAAAUGGGAAGUUAAGGAGGCACUCAAUUUUUUGAAGGACAAUGAGCAUCUAGUUGAAAGGUUCUUUGCUUGUGACGAGGAGAUCAAGCUCGCUUGGCUCAAGAGAAAAAUGGGUUACAAUGAAGAUAUUUAG